AUGACGGCCGAGUUCGCAUGCAUGGGAUUUGCUCCGCAAGAGAUGAUCCAAGUCGUCGCCGGUGGUCAAACCCUGGGAGGCGUUCACUCGGCCAAACACCCUACCAUGGUCUUGCCAAAUACUACGGCUCUGGGAGUCGCGGAUUUUGACUCCACCAACAGUACAUAUGACAACAAAGUCGUCACCGGCUGGCUAUCUCGACGGUACAACCCAGAACCCCUGGUGAUUGGGCCAGACGUGGAAUCCCGUUCGGAUCUACAAAUCUUCUCCUCUGAUGGAAACAAGACGGUGUCGUCCAUGGCAGACCCAGCGUCUUACUUGACCACUUGCUCGACGAUCCUCGCAAAAAUGAUCGAUACUGUACCUGCUCAUGAUGUCAACCCGUACAAUCUCCAGCUCAACGUCGUGGGCGAUGACGAUAUGCAGUUCUCCGGGGCGAUCUGGUUCAAGACGACCUCGGUUCCAAAGUCGGCCAUCUCAAGCAUUCAACUUGCUUGCAAAGACCGAAAUGGAGCUGAUGGUGUUGUGAUCGGGACCACGAUCCUGGGUGACGCAUCAGGCUUCGAUGAUACGUUUAGUAUGAGCAUUGAACCUGAUAUCAAUCAGUAUUCAACCCGGGAAUGGCUGCAAAAGCUGCUCUGUCGUCGGAGUGACCUAUGA